GUUACCCCCUCUUUUUCAUUGGCCAUCUUUUAACAUGGAGUCAGUACAGACAUUCGGAAGAAAGAAAACCGCUACUGCCGUCGCUCACUGCAAGCGCGGAAAGGGUCUUAUCCGUGUUAACGGUUCCCCUCUUGACCUCCUCGAACCUGAGAUCAUGAAAUUCAAGGUCUAUGAAGUCGUCCUUCUCCUCGGCCAAGAGCGUUUCAGCAACAUUGACGUCCGCAUUCGCGUCAACGGUGGUGGUCACGUCUCCCAGAUCUACGCUAUCCGUCAAGCUCUUGCCAAGGCUGUCGUUGCCUUCAACCAGAAGUUCGUCGAUGAAGCCUCCAAGAAGGAAAUCAAGGAAAUCCUCGUUCAAUUCGACCGUACUCUCCUUGUUGCCGAUCCCCGUCGCUGCGAACCCAAGAAGUUCGGAGGUCCCGGUGCCCGUGCUCGUUACCAAAAGUCUUACCGUUAAGCGGUACCUUUAUUGGAUGGAUUUUUUUUUCCAAAACUUGGCUCUUAUAAUUGUUUGAUAUGACUCAAUAGAACAAGUCGUGUCUUGAAAAUCAUAUUGGACUGUCAA